CUCUUCCGUCAGGUUGGCUCCAUCUGUUGACAGCAGCCGCGGUAGUGGCGGCGGCGUUCUGCAUCUGGGGGUCAGAAGGCAAGAUCCAUGCAUCACCAUGGAACUGAAGGUCAAUAUGUCCCGCUCCCUCCAGAAUUAAGGCACGCUCCUCUGCACUGAAACAUUCCUAACAAACAUACCAGUCUGAUGAUACAUUUGGCCAAGCAAAUUAUGGACAUGCCAACGGUCUCCAAUGUGUGAGGCAACCAGUAAGGUAUAUUAUUCUUGUGGUGCACAGUUCAACUUGAUGGAAAGAGGCCUUAUUUUAUCACCGGGUUUCCCAAACAAUUAUUCAUCUGGCAUGCAUUGUGUCUGGCAGUUCUUUAUCCCUGCUGGAACAUACCUAAUGUUGGAAAUUUUUGACUUCGAUGUAUUUGAAAGCAUAAGUGAGAAUCCACACUCCUGGAGUGGUUUUCUUUCCCUUCCGAAAAAUACCUACAAGGAGUUUUCCCCCACUGAGGAAAAUGCAGACUUCCCCAGCACCUUUCCUACUAAGACUGCCAUUUUUGAAGAGUCUCACUCAAAGGAUUUUUACAGUCUCCACAAUGAUAAAUUUCAAGAGGCCACUUCUCAGAAACAGGAGUCCAACCAAUUCCUGCAUAUACAAGAACCCAAAGAGUUAGCCAUUACUCAGCCUAGUGAGCUACCACUCAUGGGAGCAACUGGUGUCACUUUGCCGGAACAGAUUACUGGAGGAGUGCAGGAGGAUGAAGACCCAAAUGACAAAAUACUGUUUGCUCACCUUGCUGCUAGGGGGAGAAAUGAAGAUUCUGACGUCCGUAGCCAUCCAAUAGGAAAUGAUACUUCUGGAGAGGCUGUGGCCAUUUCAGCAAUGGUGUUGCCAAUGGACACUUCCUCCGUUCCACAGUCUUCAGCUGACAUUUGCCCCCAUGAUGUCCUAUAUGUCUCCGAUCUCAUUGCCUUUUCUUCUCGCUUCUGUGGAACAAAUUCACCACUGAACAAGAACAUGACUUUUGGGUCUUCUCUGAAGAUGGUAGAAGUCAUUGUGGAGCUGAUCACGACGACGGAUCGUGGGCGAGGCUUUGCAAUGCUGUUUGAGUACAAGAAUGACACAGAAUUGAUUGCCAUGAGUGACUCAAAGGAGGGGACAGAAAAUAUUAUCAUGCUGGUCAUCAUAGCAGGGAUCAUCUUCUUUGCACUUGUUCUUUUGUCCUCACUCUGUAUAGCUUGCAGGAAGAAAUUGUGUCCCAAAAGGAGCUCUUUGGAUGUACUCAGUGAUCAAGAGAAUGGGAUCCAGAAUGCUGCCAUUGAUAUCAAUGAGCUCCAGCUGGUGACGCCAAGUCAAGAGAAUGAAAACAACAACCACUCUGUUGACGGAAACGGAGCAGUCACUUCCUGCGAUGGCAGCAUGGAGUGCUCUUCUCCGCAAACAGAUCUGGAUGUACCUUCUUCAAUGUCGGCAGUGACUACAGAGUCUGGAAGCGAUGAGGUGUUUAUCAUUUCAGCCAGCCCUGGAGCUGGGGGCUUAAGUUUUACCUCCUACAGAACACAGGACAAAAAACUAAAGAGAAGCAUCACAAGUCCAGGCUCAGUUUCUGACUGGCUGACAGCAGAUCAAACAGAAUCGGGCACCAGUGCUAUGAAUAAAGGGCUGGCGCAGGCAGAGAGCCAUUGCCCAACUCAAUGGACAUGGAGAGCACGUACUUUUCAUGACUUACUGGCUCCAUUACCUCAGCUACAGAAGAAAUGGUGCAGCUGGACUACUAACAGCCCUUUCACCAAACUAGUGAAUAGCGGUGACUUUGCUACAUCAACGAGAGACCAGACUGCAGCAACUCGAAAAGUAACCUCGGCUGCAGAAAUAGAGGGUAUCUCCGAACCAACUUACUCAGAUUCAUCGGCCAGCACUGCAUCUUACCCGCUCACGUAUUCAGCACAGAAACAGCGCAAGCUGAGCAGCAGCUGCAACUUGAAAAGAUCCCGUUUUAGAAACCCUUACUUUGGAUUUUUAGUAAGUUCCCCUGACUGUAGCCAACCAAGGCUCUCUGAUUGCUCAAAGCAUGUAGGCACUAGGUCUCCAGUCAACAGCCCAAGCCAGAGGACAAAAGACUCUCUUGAAGAUUCCAUCCAGCUCAAAAGCAAUAUGGUCAAUGGCGCAAAAUCCAAGGAGCUCUUGUUAGAAAUGGACAAGACCAAACCUGUUUUUGUUAUCUCUGAAGAAGGGGAUGAUCAGCAGCCUUUGGUUUUAGCAGAGCACGUGAAUAAAUGUGCAGAUGCUUUAUCUGAGCCGAAUGUUAUCCAUCACCUAGGGAUGACCAUUGUGGAUGAGCAACCAGUGGUCCUAACUCAUCAAGGAGAAGACUCAGUUGAGCCUCCCAGUAUCAGAGCAGACCUUGGUCUUUGGGGAGAGUAUCCCAAUUCAUACAAUGAUUCCUUGAAGGGCUGCAGUGCUUACAAGGAUCAAAACUAUGUGCCUGUUUCAGACACUAGCACCACCAAUGCUCAUCAGAAUUUUGAUUCCUUACUCUCCCUUCAGUUGUGUCAAACCUCAGUUCAGUAACUUCUCCAAAUAUGGGUAUCCAAAAUGACACUGAAUGUUUUAAGACUGUGCAGCUGGAAGCAAUAGACAAAUGUUCCUUUUGAGAUGAAAUGGAAGCUGUACUGCACCUAUGAGUGGAGUAUGUGCUGAGACAGCCUUGACUCUCUCUACAGGCACAGAUCAUGUAUGAAGUCACACUCUCUUGCAUUACCACCUCUUACUGAGUUGCAUGUAAUGACAAAAAGCUGUAGCACAUGGUGUUUUGUGUUGGCUUAUGGAGAGCUUGAUGAAGACCACCCAACUGGUUCUUCUGACAAAGAAGCUGGGCUUUCUUAAAAGUGUUUUGAACAGAGAGGCACUGUCUGUUCUUAUACCAUACCAGGAAGCAAAUGAACAGGCUUACACUGAAAAGUGGUGUGCUAUUUUGAACGUAAUACUUUUCUAACAUAUCAACCAAAUUCUAGUCAUAGUUGGGGACAAUUGCAGAAUUCCUCACUGAAGUUUGAUUGUGGCUGCAUAGGGAGGUGCUGGUGGGUACUAUUUAAAACUGUGCUUAACAGGAGACAAAUUGCAAAGGGGUAAAUCGUUAGCUACAUGAGCACAAAACAAAAUGCACAGGACCUUUGCUUGAUUUUUACUGCAUUUGUGUAAAAUGACAUUAGAUUUGAGACUGUUAGAUUGACAACGUUUCCUUAGAGGUGAUGAUUCUGGCUAUUCUUAAGGACUCCAUUAUAGGAGGCUUUUGUUUCCUUUAUCCUGCAGAAGGUUACCACCUUGGCUCUGCUAUUUGGGAUAGGAUACAUGUGAUGCAACACAUAUUAACAGGACCAUGUGGGAAGACUCCUGGCAACUUUGGAGAAACAUACACCGUCAUCACACAUUAUUGAAAGAAUACCAGCUGCAAAGAACUAGAACCUCACCAAACCUAGCAAACUACUGUUAGGGCGAUUCACAGUGGACACGGCCAGUAUGCUUGCCACAUAUGUGCCUGUUUUCACUGCAGCAAUAAACACAGGUCCAAAGUUGUCCCAUGCUUUCUUUGACCCACAUUUUUGCCACAAACGCAUUCAUGUAUCUCCAUUUCAUUGUUUUUAUUUCUAUAUCAGCAUAUACAUGGCAAAAUGCUUGGUGUGCAAAUUGUGAAUAAAUCCUUAGAACUGGGUUGACUACAAUCAAGUGCUACUAUUGUCAAAAAUGCCUAUACAAGCACACAUUCUCAUGUCUCAAAGAAUAGUAUGGCAUGUCUUUUUGUUUGCCUUACACAAAUGCUUGUCUGAUUCCUUCCUUUGCUGCCCCUUGAGUUUCUGUGUAUUCAGAUGAUUGUGAAUACAGCUCCUGCUUUGCUUGGCACUUGGCCUUGUGAUUUUUUUUAACAUCAUUAAACUGAUUUGUCAAAGCUUCUUGGAUGCCCUGGGAAGUGUACUUUUGAGGAUAUUUGGGCAUGUGUUCAGAGAGCCAUGGCCUUCUUUAUUUUGAGAUUUCCAGGAAAGAAGCCAGGAUAGAGCAUGUCUGUAAAGUACAUUAGUAAGUUGCCCCCUGGAACUAUUUUUUAAGCAUGCAAUGAAUAUUCUGUUUGUACUGUGCUGGGUUUUUAAACAUCUAAC